AUGGCAGAGAAAGGUUCGGAAGGAAAUUCACGGCGAAGGCACGGGCCAGAGUCUGAGGCCGCACCGGCUGAGAUGUCCGCGCCCAGCGGUGCCGUCGGCGUGCUGCCAUCCGCACGUGUAGACGUCUCGUGCAUGCGCGUCGCGCAUCCGCUCCGGAAGAUUCGCGUGGGCGCGCGCUCACCGACGGGAUUUUCGAUGCGGCCGCGGAAGAGUUCGGCGACGCGGAGGGGCCGAGCACUCGCGGUCGCCCCCGUCGCUUACCACGGCGAUAGGCAGCAGUACGGCGGUAAGGACAAGGACUACGGCGCCGAGGACGCGCCGUGGAAGAAGAAGGUCAAGUGGCGCCUCGACGACGAGGAGGACGAGGAGAACCAACGGCGUGGGGUCACCUCCCUCGGCUGGACCCCACCACCGCCGCCCUCGGACACCGGGCAGCAUCUGAACUUCGUCAAGCCCAAGCGCGCCGCGGAUAAGCCGUACGAACCCCCGCCCAAGCCGCCCGCGUACGCCUACGAACCCCCGCCCAAGCCCGAGGUGAACUCGUGGGAGGUGGCCUCGCAGAUCGGCAGGCACGGCGUUCGCCCGUCCCGGCUCGACGAGACCGCCCUCAGGCUGCUGAAAAACGCGGGGGUGGACCUGCGACAGGCGGACUUUGACGAGAUGGAGGCGCGCGCGGACGAGUACCACAUGGAGGAGGCUGCGCGCGACGAGGCGCGCGUGAACUCCUCCAGAGACGCGUCGUCAUCGGGACGGGACGAGGGCGGGCCGGCCGGCGGGAGCACGGCGGGAGGGUUUGGGCCCCGAUAUCGCGUCACCAACGAGUGGCCCAACGGCGGCGUGCAGGUUGCGACCUCGGACGAGGAGUACGCCGAGUGGUGCAAGUCGUUCUCGUUCCAGGUGGCGGUGAGGCUGCGUGUACACGGCGUGCACCCCAGUCACCUCGACGACAGGGCACGUCGGGUCCUGGAGAUGGCGGGGGUGGCUCCGGACUGGGUGGAGUAUUACUACGCCACGCAGGACGCUCAGGAGGAUGCGCUCGGGGAAUGGGCCGACGCGUCGCGAGAUUCCGAAGAAUCCGCGAGUAGUUACGCCGGUAACUCUUGGGACGAGUGGGACCAGCGCGCGAGCGAGCGAGCGUACGCGUCCGCCGCGGACUUGGAGCGCGACAGGGCGGAUACGUACGGGUCGCGGGCGUCGGCGGAGGCUAACGAGCGGGUGGUGAUGGCGGCGGUGGGCGGCGCGUACGGAUCGUCGUCCACAGCUGUGUCGCCCUCGCAGUUCGAUACCCGAUCGCCGACGCGGGUGGACGGGAUGACGGUGCUCGAGGAGUACCCGAGCGACUUUGGGCUGCUCCAGGUGAUGCGCGUGGACGAUGACCACAGGGACGCGACGUUCGCGGGAGCUACGCUGCUGAUGCGAGCGUCCAACCAAAACGCCGUGCUCUCCGAGUACAGGCCCGGGAGCGAGCCGACGACGGGGGGAAUUUUCGACCUCUUCGCGAUGCUGCCGCCGCUUCUCGUCGACCAGCCUGGCAGGCAUCCGAUCGGCAUACUGGGUCUGGGCGCGGGGACGUGCGCCAGGGAGCUGGCGCUGUUCUACCCCGAGGAAAAUAGGCACAUGGUCGGAUGGGAGCUGGACCCCAGCAUACUUCACCUGGGUCGCAAAUGGUUCGGCAUGGACGAGAUGGAGCAAAGCGGCCGGCUCACCGCUCGAUGCGGCGACGCUUUCGAGGAGCUCGGUCGAGCGAGAGAGGGCGGCGGGCUCUGCGCCGGGAUCAUAGUGGACGUCUUCGACGAGGACAGCAGGGUUUUACCCCAGCUCACAAGGUUUGAGACGUGGGAAGAGAUUGCGCGUUCGCUCGCGCCGGGUGGGCGGAUCAUAGCCAACCUGAGCACGGGGCGGGGGAAGAGCGCGAACAUGCAGGCGGCGGUGGCUGCGGCGGAGGCGGCGAUUGUGACGUGCGGCGGUGGGCACGGAUCGUUGUGGCGCGGCGGCGCGCACGGGAUCUGGAACGAGGUGGUGCUGACGGGACCGCAUCCGACCAUCCAGUGCUGGGCGGAUGGUCACCUCCCGAUGCAACUCUCCAAAUACACAGACGCGUGGGUGCCAAUCACCGCGCCGCCCGGUGCAAGGCAGGGUUGGAUGUAG